AUGAGGAUAUCUUCUUUACCAAUUUCGGUCACGGCUGCUAAUCGCAAUGACAUUAGUCCACUGCGCCGAGGAUAUUAUAGUACACUUAUGCGCGCCAACACAAGUGCAGUCUCUAUUCCUAUCAAUCUCUUACUACGGUGGAACCGCGAUGAGAGAUCAGGCGAAGGACCGAAGGCUUCAAGUGCUCUUCGAAGCUCAGGAACA